AUGUCUGAUCCUAGACAGGAGGAAGCGGAAGUAUUGGCAUCAAUUUAUGAUCCUAAUGAGCUGAGCGUUUCGGAUGAUUAUACAGUCGAAUAUAAGCUUGGUGAACAUGGCACCCCGAAGUCUAUGAUUCUGACCAUCCAAUGGCCCGAUGGCUACCCGACAGUUUUGCCGACAAUCUCCUUAGACUCUUUUUACAACGGGCAUUUGUCUACCGCGGUAAAACUCCUCGUAGUCAAGGAAUUAAAUGCGUUGGCACAAGAGCAGCUUGGGACAGCAAUGACAUUUUCGUUGAUCGAUUACGCCCGCGAGAACGCUGAGCGCUAUUUCAGUCUUUCACUGUCAUCCACCGCGGCUACCACAGCUGGAGAUACCAAUUUGGCAAGUAAUUUUGAUGAGCAGCCUACCAAGAAGGCAGAAAAGAAAGUACAGCUAACAAAGGCUCAAAAACGAGCACAUUACCGCCGCCUGGAUGUCAACGGAGAGCUGCCCCGUGGGUGGAAUUGGGUGGAUGUAGCAAAGCACCUGCAGCAGGUCGGUCCCGCCCCAUAG